GUAUCGCAGUAUUUACAUUAGUAUGUUAAUUCUAAUGCUGUUGCAAAGAAUCUGACGUGUAAUAUAACCAGUUUGUAAUAAAGGAAAGUUGAAAUUCAAUAAAAUCACCGAAUGAGGGUGUCACGACUUUGGUAGUUGCACAAUUUAAAAAAAUUCAACAGUCUGCUCAAUACAUUUUCUCAAUCUGUUAAGUAUGACACCAGAAAAAUAUGAUUGCUAAAUGAGUUGGCAAUAAAAAAUUUACCAGUCAGCGUGUAAGCAGUUUAUGCUGAUGCGACGAUUCAGAAAAUAAUGUCACAUGUAAGAAUCUAAUUUAUUAAACCCAUUUUACAAAUGUUUAAUGUAUAAUUUUAACGAAAUAAUAUGAACAAUACUCGGAAAGCUUGCGUACGCGUAAGUUUUCUUUAGACAUAAAAUCGCAAGUUUCGCAAUGCGUAUAAGCGUUGAAACGGAUGAGGAAAGUGGAAUGCGAGCUUGUGACAGCUACAUAGUUAAUUAAGAAUAAAGACGACCCCUUCACCCGUUACGUAAAUCGCAUCUUGAAUUUAUGUAAUACGCCGGUACAUUUAAAUCAGUUUAAUUCAGCAGCGGCUGUUUCGAUUAUAAUUUUACGAAAUUCAACUCUGACCCCGCGUUUAUCAAUGAUCGUUAUCUAACGGGAUCCAAUUAUCUUCGAGGGACACGUAACAAUCGUAGAGUAUAGUAGAUGAGUAAUGUGUUAUCGCGGAAGCCGUCACGCCAUGUAAUUUACUCCGUACGGCUCUACACUGCGCGGAAUAAUUAAAAUUUAACUGAUGAUUUCAUACAAAUAGUUUGACAACAAACUGCAGUUUCUGAGAUCAUUGUGUAUAAUAAGUAUGAAAGAUUGUUCGAAAGUCCGUUCAGUCGUGCUCGACGCGUCGAGCAGUUCGUAUCAACGUAGUUUGAAUUUUUAACCGUUCCUCGAAACGUACCAACGUCUGUUUCGCGAAUCCUAUUACGCGCUAAUUAAAUAACCGAAAUAUAUAUAUAUUUACAUAUGUAUCGGUGUGCAAUAAACAAAUCGAGUGUGUCCGUGUCUCGUCAGUGUGUAUGUGAGAACCAGCCUUGAAAGUUUCCGCUCGCCGCACCGGAGAGGAGGCCGCCGUUUCACCGUUCCCAGGCACGGUGUCAUCAUGAAUUGACUGGACGCAAGUCGGGGCCACACUCCAACGAGAAACACGUGCUGCGUCGGUGCCGCGAGUUCGUCCGGUACGCGCGAUCGAUUCUAACCUGAAGUCAGCGUGUCCUUGUCAACGGGGCGUGCGGCCGGUGCCCCGAUGAAGUGAGUCACACCUGGAGAAGAACGAGCUUCCGUUGCAGCUAGACGCGCACUUUCGAUUCACCAUGUAUCAGAAAUUAAGGACCGAGGUCGAGUACCUCACCGAUCAACAUCUAACCGGCUUCGAAAACUACAAGUACAGCUCGGUGGACACGAGUCCCCUCAGCGUGUACAUCAUGCAUCCAUUCUGGAACAAAGUGGUUCAAUAUUGUCCCAAAUGGGUCGCACCGAACACGCUGACGUUCACCGGGUUCCUCUUUACCGUCUUCAAUUUCACGAUGUUUGCAUUCUACGAUUAUUACUUUUACGCAUCGAGCGAUGACAAACCGCAAUAUCCGCCGAUACCGAGGUGGGUCUUUGCCCUGGGAGCGUUCAACGUGUUCAUGGCUUAUACUCUCGACGGUAUAGACGGGAAACAAGCGCGACGCACGCAAACAUCUGGCCCGUUGGGCGAACUGUUCGAUCAUGGCUUAGACAGCUGGACAACGAUGCUCAUCAGCGUUUGUAUGCUCUCCGUUUUCGGUAGAACCGAUCACAGCGUGUCGCCAUUGAGAAUGUAUUUCAUCCUCUGGAACAUCUUCGUCAAUUUCUAUUUAACGCAUUGGGAGAAAUAUAAUACCGGAGUACUAUUUCUUCCUUGGGGAUACGAUUUAUCCAUGGUGGGCACUAUCAUCGUGUUUAUCAUAACAAGUAUAGGUGGGCACAGAACAUGGAAAUUCGAUUUACCCGGCGGUAUAUCAAUCGGACUGGCAUUCGAAGCAUUAUUAUAUGUCACCGCAAUUUUUACCAGUUUGCCUGUGGUCCUCUGGAAUAUAUACAAAUCGUACAGGGAUAAGACUGGAAAGAUGCGUACAUUCCUAGAUGCUAUAAGACCUCUGCUGCCUCUGGCAGUGUUCUUCAUGAUCUCAACCAUCUGGGUAACUCAUUCGCCUAGCAAUAUAAUCGAAAGGGAUCCGAGGAUAGUCUUCUUCAUCGUUGGAACCAUUUUCUCAAACAUCUGUUGUCGCUUGAUCGUCUCUCAAAUGAGCAACACCAAAUGCGACUUAUUGUCGUGGAUACUGCUACCUGUAGCGAUCGCAGCACUUUUCUCCUUUAUCUUGCCUAGCGUAGAUCUGGUGUUCACCUAUCUCGUCGCCAUCGUAGCUCUGUUAGCGCAUAUUCAUUACGGAACGUGCGUGGUGCGUCAGAUGUGCCGUCACUUCCGCAUCCACACGUUCCGCAUCAAAGAUCGUGCCGAUUGACUACUUGCCGACGAUACAUGUUAAAAACGAAGAGAUUCGAACGAUAGGUCGGAGUGUAGCUACGAACGAAGCGUGUACAGACGAAAGGAACUUCGUCGAGAGAUCGGUAACGAAUACUCGAAAGCGGAUGAAUGAUCAUUGAUCGCAUAGUUGGUUCAAGCGUGCGAUCAUCACGUAAUCAACGAGAGAAAGAGACCGUACCUGUUUAAUAAUCUUAGUUUCGCCCCACGCCCCAUCCCCCGUUCACAGAGGCUAAAACGAUGUCGUUCAUUGAUACAAAUCUCACGUUCGCUGUGAUAUAGUUACACGAUGACCCGCAAGCUUCUUUCGCGCCUACAUUUUUUAUCCCACUGUGUUCUGUUCGUAAACUCUGACUAGGCAUUAGACCGUUUUCUUUUUCGUUAAACGCGUGACCGGCCAACCGUCGCGCGGCGAAUUCUUCGUUUUUAACAUGUAUUGUCUCGGAAGUAAAUUAAAUCCCGGGUUGCUCGGUGUUCUCUCGCGCUAACGGGUCACUCCUACUUUCACGUGGAAAUCUCGUGAAGAUUCGAAGAUUUCUAACUCUUCUACAGAUUACGAGUUUUCUUUUCUAUCAUGAAGUGGAGUGUUCGUAGCGCGUGUAAGCCUCGGGCAGACCGGGAUUUAAAAUUGAAUGAGUAGAGGAGGAGGGGAUGUAACAUAUGUGUGUACUUUUCAUAAGAUACGUGCAAGAGACAUUAUUUAUUUUGCGUAAAGGAUGCAUGUCGUAUGUUGAUGGACUCCUUGGAACGAAUCAAUCGUUUCUUAAUUACCAUGCACGUAACGUGUCAAAGUCAAUUGGAUUAGUCAAAAGGAAACUUAGCGAGUACUCAAGAGGAAUCUUCCUCAUUACUAAAUUCCCUGAUGAAGAAAUCAACGUGGGAAAGGUAACGUGAAACGAAACGAAGACAGGAUUCGUGCAACCGUUGGUUCUCGCUUGUUAUUUAUCAACUUUUUUCAGUAUCAGGUAGGAACGCGUGGAUUAUUUUUAGUUUGCGUUAGAAGGUCUGCAAAUAUUUUAAUUGUAAAUUAAGCAAGCAGCGAAUCGUUUAUGUAUUGAAAAAAAAUAGGAAAACAUGCGAAGACAAAAAAUGAAUUGAUAAUUGAUCUGAUGUACUUAUGAAAAUAAUAUUUUGCAUAAACGUUCGCUGUUUGUCGAUCGGUAAAGCAAGGCACGAUUUUCCCACGUUGUAAAUGUGAAAUAGCGCAAUAAAACAAUCUUCCCAUUCGAAGAUCGUUCACGCUUAGACUCAAGUCAAUGUAGAGUAUAUCGAUCAGUCUUUAUUAUUAUAUGUUCGAAAGAAGGAACAGCUGAAAAUUUAUUUUAUUACUCGCGCAUUUAUCGUUACUAGUCCAUUUUACGUUGAACGUGUGUAAGUUUUAGAGUAAACGAAACGUACGACGACCGGCGGUGUAUUUUAUAAAACUCGAGAGGGGUCCGUCGGUGAAUUUCGACGGUGUUGAAUACUCGCCGCAAACGAGUUCUUUUUGUAAACAUUUAGCGUAUGUACAUACACAUAGUCGAGGGAGAACGAUGAAUUACUGAGCGAUCGUAGCAGAAAUCUUGAACAGAUGCAAAUCAAUUUUUUAAAAAUUGCGGACGUAAAUCGUUGAAUAAUUAAUACAUCGUCGAUAUGAUAAAUUAAAUGCAUAGCAUUAAAUGCAGGUAGCAACAGAGCUAAGUAAUGACUCGUUUUAACUGUAGGGUAGGCAUAUGUAUUCUAUAAUAACGUCGUUUAGUUAUUUAAACCAGUUUCCUGUCCCUCAUGUAAUUAACUAUUGGUUAUUAUAUAUAAGUUUGUACUAUUGUUUAUGAUUUCAAUUGUAAUAAUAUGUACGUAUAUAUACAUAUAUAUAAUAUUAAUCCCGAACGUUUCUUUCUGCCAAAGAUAUUAAAGGCACGACAUUGCAA